CGAAUAAUUAAAUACGUCCUCUCAGGAGAAUGAGUUUUGACACGCACAUGCGCAGAUUGAUUGUAAAGCGGGCCUUGAAUCAUGUCAAGACACGGUCGAAACGGAGGAGACGCUAAGGUUUACGUCGGUAACCUGGGCACUGGUGCAGGGAAAGGAGAGCUAGAGCGGGCGUUUGGGUAUUACGGACCCUUGAGAACAGUGUGGAUUGCUAGGAACCCCCCAGGGUUUGCCUUUGUGGAGUUUGAAGACACCCGGGAUGCAGAAGAUGCGGUGCGUGGCCUUGACGGCAAGUUAAUUUCUGGAUCUCGAGUUCGAGUUGAAUUAUCUACAGGGAUGCCGCGGCGAUCUCGGUACGAGCGUGCGCCCACCAACCGGCCCUUUGACUCCAACGACAAGUGCUAUGAGUGUGGUGAGCGGGGACACUAUGCCUACGACUGCCACCGCUACAGUCGACGCAGGAGGAGCAGGUCCCGGUCUCACUCCAGGUCCGGUGGGAGGAGGUACUCUCGCUCUCGCAGCCGGGACCGUGGCAGGAGAUCAAGAUCCUUCUCUCCACGCCGCUCUCGUUCUCCUAGAAGAUCGAGAGCCCUUACCCCCAAGAGAUCAAGAUCUCGGUCAAAGUCCAGAUCAAGGUCUAGGUCACUUUCUCGUGCAAAGACCAGGACUGGUUCCCCCACGAGGAGGUAUGCAGAAGUAUUGAGUCUGACCCCAAUUUUCUUCCCACCAUUCUCCUCUCUAAACGAGCUAUGGAACAGUUUGACAAUGCAUGAUAAGCAGCAAAACGAGACAAUGAAAAUGUUGUCUAUCCAUACAGUUUAAACGGUGUAGAUGCAUGAUGGUUCAUUAAGUCGGGCUACUUAAGCAUUACAAAUGAAAGGUAGACUCAGCAAUAAAUCAACAACAAUUAGAUUCAAUCUUUCAGUUCAAUGUGUGAAAUAUGUAUUAAAAGGUUAUUUGAAUUGUAUUCUUUAAAUUCACCAAAAUAAUAAAUUUGCAUGACAAACUUAUAUUAAAUGCAUGUUCCUUAAAUACUUUGCUUGCUACCAGUUGCCAUUGUCGAAGUCUUUUAAGAAUGAGCACUAAAAUUAAAAUUAAAAGCUGUUCAAAAUCUAAAGAUUCACCUCAAAAACGAAGGUGCGUUUUUCCUCACAGCUGAGGUAAUGACUUUAAUUUGGGUUUAAUGCACAGCAAAUAAAUGAAGAGGGAAAACUAAUUUCUCUUUUUCUCUC